AUUAUUCAUAUACUGAUACAGGAUGCAACAUGAGUUGGAGGUGACUACAAAACAGGCCAUCUUUGUGGAUUCAAGUAUAAGUGAUACAAUUCGUACAUGCAUUGUGCUGGGGAACCAUCGUGCUGCCGCAAAAGUCAAAACAGAAUUUAAGGUUUCGGAAAAGCGCUGGUAUUGGCUCAAAGUUUUUGCUCUGGCAACUAUUAGGGAUUGGGAUGCCUUGGAGAAGUUUUCAAAGGAGAAAAGGCCACCAAUUGGUUACCGCCCAUUUGUCGAGGCAUGUGUUGAUGCAGAUGAGAAAGGUGAAGCGCUAAAGUACAUACCAAAGCUGACUGAUCCUCGCGAAAGAGCAGAGGCUUAUGCCCGAGUUGGAAUGGCCAAGGAAGCUGCCGAUGCUGCUUCUCAGGCUAAAGAUAAUGAAUUACUUGGGAGGCUGAAGCAGACUUUUGCCCAAAAUGCAGCUGCUUCAUCAAUUUUUGACACACUGCGAGACCGGUUAUCCUUCCCAAGUGUUUCUUGAUGCCGGCCAUCUGUUAGCUGCCUUUGGUGUGAGCCUGUUGUUGUUAUGACUCUUCCAAAUUAACAUUGAUUGAGGAUUGAUAGCGUUGGAGCACGAUAAAAGAAGCCCUUGGGAACCCAUCUGCUGCAUGCCCUCUCUCCUUGCCUGUUUUUUCUAUAUAUUUAUGGCGUUUGAGGUUGUGGAAGUGUUUGAAUCCGGCAAAGAUUCCUCAUGUUCUAGAUCCUGUGAAUAGCUUGGUUAGAAACGAUAUAUGAAAGCAUGUGCUGAUGUUUCUCCCUGAAUUGGUAACAGAAUUCGUUUGAGCUCUAACAUUUCCAUGGUAUGUAGUUUCCGUUUCUAUGUGGCUGAGUGAUGUAACAUCCUCUGUGGAUGUUCGAAAAUAAACUGACUCCAUCAGCUCGCUGGUAAUGUUUUGCUUGUUUUUCCAACUCGUUUGGACUCUUUUUUCUAUCCUAUGUACGUCACAGGAUAGUUUGCUGGUUCGAGGAGUACGUACUUGAGAAAUAGUGAUUGGGAAAUCGUGGGAAUUUUAGACACGUUGUAGUGAUCUGUUCUUAUCUACGAUUUUCAUGUGAUGGAUCCUCGGUGGACAUUUAGAUUGUGCUUGUUUAUCUGUACGGAAUGAUUUAAUGAACAUCUAAUUUCUCUGUUUUACUC